UGUGCGUGUGCACCGCGAUCUUGUCCCCAUAUGUAGCGAGCGGGAUCUCUGAAGAGCUGGCAUCGGUGCAGCUGGACACAAAGCUGCCGUGCCAAGGGAAAGCCCGAGGCCCCGAUUGGUCCUGCCGCGAUGUCUGCGCGCAAUGAGGAAGACGAAGGAUACACACUUGCCUGGCCAGGCUUUAAAAUGCAGAGCCCCAGCGGCAUCAUCAUCCAGCCUCCGUUCGUUCCUAAACCCUUCACUCCGUCUCCUGUUCGCUACUUCAAUCUGAGGGAAAUAGGCCCUUUCGAUGGCCUCACAACAUGGAAGCGUAUCGCUUCUCUUGACACGAGUCUCACUGUCAAUCCUUCGGCCGCACCAAGGCAACGUGAUGACAUCUUUACGAUCGUCAUAGCAGAGAACGCCAGCAUCGACGAGCGCAGUGUCGACGAAUUCUGUGAAGAGACGACCAUCACUGGUUUUAUCUUGGGCCACACAACGAACUUUGAAGAAGGCAGCGAUGUUCGAUCCAUGUGGCAGGUGGCUUCUCAGCUGGCAUGGGGUUUGGUCGGGAACGUGCUACCUCGAGGGUCCCAGUGUAAUGCUGGUCCUUCUCGACCGAGGAGCGGGUUCACGUUGGAUAGAGGCAAACGAAGCCUGCCGCCGAGCAAACUGAGCGGCUCUCUCCGUUUACCUGCGCUAUUGCGUGCACGUGCCGUUGGCGAACGAGCCUCGUUGGCGUGACCGCACGUCGCGGUUGCGCACAAGCACAUCCGCCGCAGCGAUGCCUGUCCCUUUUUAGUGCUGGCCGCCGCGCUGGUCCUCCGAUAAACCAGCAGCCAGCGCUCCACUUACGGUCG